AUGUCGCCGAAGCAGCAGUUACAGUCGCACAACCAGCUCGUCGCACGACUCCAAUCGCCCCCCGCCGAUCCGUCCACCCUGCCGCCCUCCUUCCUCAAAUACCCCAUCUCGCAUCUUCGCGCCAAGAAUGUCACCGUCCCCGCGGAUUUUUUCUGCCCCAUUUCGCUCGACAUAAUGCGCGACCCGGUCACCGUCGCGUCGGGGCGGACCUACGAGCGCGCCGAAAUCGAGCGAUGGUUUCGCGAAGGAAAUCGCUACUGUCCGGUUACCCGCUGCGCGCUCGAGGAGCUGCAUGUCGCCCCCAACAAAUCCCUUCGCAGCAUCAUUUCCGCCUGGUGCCUCGGACACGGCAUUCGCCUUUCUGCCACCCCCUCCGCCAGCGGCGGCGGCGGCGGCGGCAGUGGGCACGCGAAGGCGAACAGCGGAGAGCUUGUUCAGAACGCCGCCGGCGGAAAGCCUGGCGGGGACGCGGGCUCCGCGCAUCCGACCGUCUCCCCGCGCGGGGUGCUGACUCCCCGCAGCGACUCUUACACUGGCCGCGGAGAGCAAGCCUCGCGCGCGGACCAGAACCCGCGCGCGGAGCGCUCCGCGUCGCGCGGGGAGUCGUUUCCCGCGCGGCCCCUGACCGGGGACAGUUACGAGGCGUCUCAAAGGUCCGCGCGCCCGCUGUCGGGGGAGCGCCACGCGGAGCCUUACUCCGCCCGCCCAGCCUCGGGGGAGAGGCACCAGCGGCGCGGAAGCGUGUCAUCCGACCGGGAGAGCGGAAACCUCAGCAGCGGCGGAAGCAGCACCACCAGCGGCGCAAGCAGCGGCAGCAUCAGCCUCGUGUCGAACAGCAGCACCAGCAGCGGCGGGGGCGGCGGGAGAGCAGGCGGAGGGGGAGGCGGAACCGGAACCGGCGGAAACAAUUUCUGGCGCAGCGCGUCGUCUUCCGAUCGUCCGCUUUGCCCCAUCUGGCCCGUGUCGUCCCCGCUCGCCUCCCCCACGCACUCCCCCACCCGCGCCGGCGCUGCGCUCAGUCCCUCCUCCGCCUUACCCGGCGGCGGUAGCAGCAACCCCCUGCUUAGCCCCACGCAUCCCGGCUUUAGUCCGACUUACCCCGCCGUUAGUCCGACGCACCGCGGCGCCGCGCACAGCCCCACUAGCUCCAUGCAGCUGAGCCCCACGCGCGCGCCGCUCAGCCCGCUGCCCGCGUAUCUCGGCACGGGCGAAGGCGCGCACGACUCGUGGAACGACUGGAAUCACUACCCGGGCCGCGACGAGUGGAGCGGCCCGCAGCCGCGCCGCGUCGACUGGUCCGGGCCGCAACCGCGUCAAGCGGCGCGGACCGGCGGGGCGGCGGCAGCGGGGGGAGGUCGGACGGGGUCCGGAGGAGGAGGGGGAGCGGGAGGGGGGAAAUCGACCGGCGGGAAAGUAGGGGCUGGCGGGCGGGGGGCUCUAGGGCCGGCGGUCGGGGGUAUGGGCGGAGCAGGUGCGCGGGCGGGGGCCCCGGGGGGCGCCGGGGGCGGCGGAAGCAGCCAGCAGCAGGUGGCGGCGGCGGCGCAGCAGCGGUUCUUCUCGGAGCGGCUCGACCGUCACCAGCUGGCGCUGCUGGCGGCGUGGGACGACGACAGCGACGCGGAGGGGGGCGGCGGCGGGAGAGAGGGGGAGCGGGAGCGGGAGAGAGAGAGGGAAAGGGAGCGCGAGCGGGAACGGGAGAGGGAGCGGGAGAGGAGCAGCCAGCAGGUUUUGGCGUAUUUGGCGCACAGCAGGAGCGGCAGCAGCGGCGGCGGCGGCGGCGGUAGCGGCGGAAGCGGCGGAGGGGGAGGGGGAGGGGGAGCGGGAGGGGGCGGGCGGAACGCGUUUGGCAGUGCGGGGAAGAGCUAUAGCAUGGGCGAGCCGGUGUCGCUCGUCCCCAGCUCCGCGCCGUUGGCUUCCGGUGCUGCAAGCAGAGACGCUCGAAUCGCGUAUGGCAGGUCCGUCUCGUCGAACCGCCUCUCCUCCCCGCAGCUCGCGAGCGCCGUUGCCGCUGUCAGUGGCUCGUCUUCUAGUGGCGGCGCCGGCGCUGCUGCUGGCGGUGCGGGAGGGCACGCGGCGCGCAGUGCGCGGGGGGGGGAGGGCGUUCGGCAGGCGCACCACUCGCACAGCCACAGCCACUCGUCGCUCUCCGCGUUCGCCUCCCCCCUCGCUGCUGCCGCCGCCGCCGUCACCUUUGGCGCCAGUCCCCCCCCCAACGCGCAUCCACACCUGAAUCUAAAUUUAAAUCCCGGUCUAGAUCCGGAUCUGAAUCCGAAUCUGAACGCCACCGCGGCGGUAAUGAUGAUGGGGAGCAGGGGCGGCGGGGGGUCGGUGGGGUGCGCGCCCAUGGCCGCGCGGUGGGAGGGGGAGGCGGAGGAGGGGGAGGACGGGGAGGAGGAGGAGGAGGACGGCGCGACAGGGACGCUUAAGCGGUGGGCUACUAAUCCCACUGAUAGGUCUGGCGGCAGUAUGAGCAGCAGUGGCAGUGUGGGCGGCAGUGGGAGUGUGGGUGGUAGUGGGGGGGGCAGCAGCAGCAGCAGGAGGCCGUGCAGUGGAGGGGCGGGUGGAACAGGCUCGGCGGUUUCCGAAGCAGAUGCCGCUGCGGCUCGGGCGGACCAGGAGGAACAGGUUCGGGCCAGGCUUCCGGACCUGGUUCGGCAAAUGCUGGGCGGCAGUGCGGGCGGCAGCAGCGCCGGCACCGAGGCGCCCUCAACGUUCCUAACCAUACAGCGGCGCAGGGCAGCCGAGGAGGUUCGGCACCUGGUUCGGGACUCCCGAGGCAACCGGGCAGCCGUGGUGGCAGCAGCGGGGGGCCGAGCCAUCCCGGCCCUGCUCUCUCUCUUCCCAUGCGGCGAUCCCGAUACUGUAGAGCAUGCUGUUACCGCCAUUCUCAACCUCUCUCUCUCCUCCUCCACUCACUCCCCUCUCAUCUCCCACGGCGCCAUUCCCCGUCUCGUGACUAUAGUGAAUGCUGGUAACAGAGACAUGGGCAUGGGUAUGGCUGCCGGAGCAGACCCGGACAUGCCGCCGAGCCUCUCGCCUCGCUCCGUCUCCCGAACCGCGCGCGAAAACGCCGCUGCGGCCCUCUUUGCGAUCUCUGCCUCCUCCGAAGCGAAUAAAAUCCUGGUGGGGUCGACGCCAGGUGCCGUCACGGGAUUGGUCGCCAUGCUCGCUGUCUCCUCCUCCCCCUCCGGCUCCCCCAACUCCAUCCGAAGCCGAAAAGACGCCGCCCUGACCCUCUUCAACCUCUCAUUGGCCGAGAAAAACCGGGCAGCGAUAAUUUCCUCCGGAGCAGUGCCCCUAUUGGUGGAGAUGCUGCAGGAGUACGGGUCCGGGCUGGAGGAAAAAGCCACGGCUGUGCUGGUCAACCUGGGGAAAGCCGGGCGGCUGGGGCGGGCGGCGAUCCGGGCGGCGGGCGGGAUACCGCUAUUGGUGGAGGCGAUGGAGUGUGGGUCGGAGAGGGGGAAAGAAGAUGCUGUGGCGGCGCUGCUCAUGCUGGCUGAGGACCCGGCGUUGAGGGAUGAGAUUGCGGCGGAGGGGGUGCUGCCUACAUUGGGUGCCUUACAGCGCUGUGGGACGCCGCGAGCACGGGUGAAGGAUGCGGUGGCGGCGCUGCUCAUGCUGGCUGAGGACCCGGCGCUGCGAGAUGAGAUCGCGGCAGAGGGGGUGCUGCCGACUCGGGGAGCACUGCAACGCUGUGGCACACCGAGGGCACACCGAGGGCACACCGAGGGCACGAGUGAAGGUGAGUGGCUGAUGGGCGUGGGUUUGAAAAAGGUGUUGAUGCUGGGGGAGGACCUGGCGUUGAGGGAUGAGAUCAUGACGGAGGGGGUGCUGCCGACUCUGGGCUGGGGGUGCUGCAACGGUGCUGGACGCCGCGAGCACGGGUUAAGGUGA